AUGACUCAAUCUAUUCGCUACGACAACCGUGUCAUCGUCAUCACCGGCGCCGGCGCCGGCCUCGGCCGCGCCUAUGCGUUAUUCUUCGCCGCUCGCGGUGCCAAAAUCGUCGUCAACGACCUGGGCGGCACGUUCAACGGCAAAGAUGGUCCCGGUGGCGGCCGGGGCGGUUCUGCACGCGUGGCAGACGCCGUCGCAAAAGAAAUCACCGAUGCCGGCGGUGUCGCAGUCGCCGACUACCAUGCGGUGCAGGAGGGCGAGAAGAUCAUCGAGACGGCGAUCCGGGCAUUCGGGCGCGUCGACGUGCUGAUCAACAAUGCGGGAAUUCUGCGGGAUGUGACGUUGCGGAACAUGGCGGAUGAGGACUGGGAUGCCAUUAUCGAUGUGCAUGUGCACGGCACGAUGCGCACGGCGAGGGCCGCGUGGCCGCAUAUGCGGAAGCAGAGGUACGGGAGGAUCGUCAACACCAGCAGCUCAAGUGGGCUUUUUGGGAACUUUGGUCAAAGUAACUACGCCGCGGCGAAGAUGGCGGUUGUGGGAUUCAGCGAGACGCUGGCAUUUGAAGGCAAGAAGUACAACAUUCUGUGCAAUGUGUUGGCGCCUGGAGCGGCGAGUCGUCUGACACAGACGGUGUGGAGUCCAGACAUGAUGGAAGUUAUGAAGCCGGACUGGGUAGUGCCUCUCGUGGGUGUGCUCUGCCACGAGGAAAACAAGGAGACCGGGUCAAUCUUCGAGGCAGCCGCGGGGCAUUUCAGCAAGAUCCGUUGGGAGAGGAGCAAGGGCUGGUGGGGUAGGCCGGACGACAGCUUGACCGCCGAUGUGGUGCUGAAAAACCAUGCGAGCAUCGUCAACUACCAAGGUGCGGAGCACCCGCAACGUGUUGCGAAUAGCCUGGAAAUGCUGGAGAAGGCCAACAGCAUGCCGAAGAACCAGCCAGGCGAGCCCCUAAAGUUCAAAGAUCGUGCCGUGCUUGUUACCGGAGGCGGAGAUGGUUUAGGCAGGGCAUAUUCUCUGUGGUUUGCUAAGCUGGGCGCCAAAGUUGUGGUAAACGACCUAAAGAAUGCGAAGAAAGUGGCGGAUGAGAUCAAGGCCAUCGGUGGUGAGGCCAUGCCGCUUGAGAUGUCGGUUGAGAACGGCGCUGGUGUUGUCAAGGCCGUCAUCGACAAGUAUGGGCGCAUCGAUGUCGUGGUGAACAACGCCGGCAUCUUGAGAGACAAGGCUUUCAUGAAUAUGACGGACGACAUGUGGUAUACAGUGAUGAAUGUUCAUCUGAGAGGAACCUACGCAAUCACCAGAGCAGCGUGGCCUUAUAUGCUGAAGCAGCGGUAUGGCCGUAUUGUGAACAUUACGUCGACUUCGGGCAUCUACGGCAACUUUGGUCAAGCCAACUAUGCGGCAGCGAAAUGCGGCAUCAUUGGGUUCACCAAGACAACAGCACGGGAAGGUGCAAAGUACAACAUCUUUGUCAAUACAGUUGCGCCCUCCGCAGGGACGAACAUGACACGCACUGUACGUCCAGAGGACGAGGUGCUGGCCAUGAAGCCCGAGUAUGUUGCUCCUCUCGUGGCUGCUCUGUGCAGUGAGAAGCCUCCAGCCAACGGACAGCUGUACGAAGCUGGCACAGGCUGGUUCGCAGGGACGAGGUGGCAGCGUGCAAGAGGCGUUGACUUUGACCACACUAAAGGCGUGAUGUCUGUUGAAGAUGUCGCAAAGGCCUUCCCUGAAAUCUGUAACUUCGACAAUGGUAAGAGCGAUCACCCUGAGUCACCCCAGGACGGAAGUAGAUGGACAAUGGGCAAUGUCCUAAAGGAUGAGAAGAUCGCCUCUGGACUGUCCCAGGAAAACCGCGCCAAUCGCCGUUACAUCUCCAAGAUUGACCAGGCCAUGCAGAUGAAAGGCACGCCGUCCCCAUACACGUACACCGACCGCGACGUGAUCCUCUACAACAUCUCCCUAGGAGCCAAACGCACCGACCUACCACUCGUCUACGAAAACGACUCCAACUUCCAAGUCCUGCCCACCUUCGGCAUCGUCCCCACCUACUUCUCCAGCGCCCCUUACUCGCUCAAAGACAUCCUCCCCAACUUCGACAUGCGCAUGCUCCUUCACGGCGAGCAGUACCUAGAAAUCAAGCAAUUCCCCAUCCCCACCUCCGGCACCCUCAAGACGACCACCACCCUCCUCGAAGUCGUCGACAAAGGCCCCGCGGCCCUCGUCCGCCGCGGCGCCACGACCACCGACGCCUCCGGCACCCCCGUCUUCUACAACGAAAGCGUCUCCUUCAUCCGCGGCAGCGGCGGCUUCGGCGGCCAGCGCAAAGGCGCCGACCGCGGUGCCGCCACGGCCGAGAACAAGCCACCCUCCCGCAAACCCGAUCGGGUGGUCGAGGAGAAGACGAGCGAGGACGUCGCCGCCCUGUACCGCCUAAUGGGCGACCGCAACCCCUUGCACAUCGACCCGGAGUUCUCCAAGGUCGGGGGGUUCGAGGUGCCGAUCCUGCACGGCCUCGCGACGUUCGGCAUCAGUGGCAAGCACGUCUUUCAGGCGUACGGCCCGUUCAGGAAUGUGAAAGUCAGGUUUGCGGGGACGGUGUUGCCCGGCCAGACGGUCGUGACGGAGAUGUGGAGGGAGGGGGGAAAAGUCGUGUAUCAGGUUAAGGUCAAUGAGACGGGGAAGUUGUGUAUUAGUGGGGCGGGGGCGGAGUUGCUGGGUGGGCAGGCGAGGUUGUGA